GCACAGAAGAAUAAGGCAGGAUGGAUGUGUAUGACCCUCAGACUCUGGGUGUUAUGGUUUUCGGAGGUUUUAUGGUGAUAUCAGCCAUCGGGAUCUUCCUGGUGUCCACCUUCUCCAUGAAGGAGACAUCUUAUGAGGAAGCCUUGGCCAAGCAACGUAAAGAGCUUGAGAAGACCCAGCAGCAGAAACUAGAGAAAAAGAAGAAAGAGAAACCCGUUGAGAAAAAAGGAAAAGCAAAGAAAAAGGAAGAGAAACCUAAUGGAAAGAUCCCAGAGCAACAGUUGACUCAGGAAGUGACAGACCCUCCCAAGGAUGUGGUUCUUGAGCCUGCUGUGGUGCCUGAGCCUGUACCAGUUGAGUCUCCAGUUGCAGCAGUGCCAGUUGUCCCCCAGGAAAAGGAGAAACCUGUUCCGUCACCUAAAGAGAAGAGGAAGAAGGAGAAGAAGGUGGCAAAGGUAGAGCCUGCUCCUAGCCCGGUGUUGGCUGCACCUCCUGUCAGUGUCCCUAAAAGUUCUCCCGUCUUGGAGGUGACCCCUAAGGAGGUUCCUGUUGUGGCUGUGCCACCAGUUGGCACACAGCAAAGUGCUCCGGUCAUCGGCUCUGCCACUAUCAAGAAAGCUGAUGCACUUCUGGCUCAUGAGGAGCAGAAGCAUGAUGGACCAGUCAAGAAGAAGACUUCAUCCAAGAAAAAGAAUGAGCCAGCACCUACAGAUUCAGAUGGGCCCCUCUACCUGCCCUACAAGACUCUUGUGUCCACUGUCAGCAGCAUGGUGUUCAGUGAAGGGGAGGCCCAGAGGCUCAUCGAGAUCCUGACGGAGAAAACAGGCAUCAUCCAGGGCACGUGGCACACGGCCAUGCAGAAGGGUGACCCGGUUGCUGUCCUGAAACGUCAGCUGGAAGAGAAGGAGAAGCAGCUUGCUGCUGAGCAGGAGGAUGUGGCUGCUGCCAGAAACAGGCUGCGGGAGCUGAGCAAGGAGCUGGCAGCUGAGCGCACCAAGGCGGUGGCUGUCGAGAGCAAGCUGAAGGAGCAGCUGCUGGCCCGUGAGCGGGACAUCGCGGCGGUGCAGGCACGCAUGCAGGCCAGCUACCAGGACCACAUCGCUGAAACGCAGCAGCUCCAGGGCAAGAUCCGGACCCUGCAGGAACAGCUGGAGAACGGCCCCAACACGCAGCUGGCUCGCCUGCAGCAGGAGAACUCCAUCCUGAGGGACGCGCUCAACCAGGCCACCAGCCAGACGGAAAGCAAGCAAAAUGCUGAGCUGGCCAAGUUACGGCAGGAGUGCAACAAGCUGAUGAAAGAGCUGUCUGAGAAAUCGGAGGUACUGCAGCAGGAGGAGCAGCAGAGGAAGAGCUGGGAGAUCAAAGCAGUGGCCUUGGAGAAGCAGACCGAGCAGCUGCAGGCUUCCCAACGGGAGGUGGAGGUGAUGCUGCAGAAGAGGCUGGAUGAAGUCAGUGACGAGCUCCGCAAAACCCAGACCAGCUACAAAACCUUGUUAGCGGACACAGAAAAGGCCAAAGGACAGCAGCAGAGCAUUGCUGAACUGCAGGCCAAGCUGCUGAGUUCUGAAGCAGAGGUUAAAAGUAAGUUGCUGGAGCUGGACAAUGUGAAAGGGAAACUGCAGAAUGCCAGCUUAGAGAAUACAAAGCUUCUGGAGAGGAUCAAAUCCAUCGAAGCUCUGCUGGAGGCAGGCCAGAUGAGGGAGGCAGCAAAAGACAGAGACUUGCAGGCAACCAGUGAAGCAGAAAUGAAGCAGCUGCAGUCAAGACUCCAGGAGAAGACAAACCAGCUCUCAUCCUUGGAAAGGGAAGCCACAGAGCUGCGAGAGGCAGUGGAACAACAGAAGAUGAAAAACAAUGACCUUCGUGAGAAGAACUGGAAAGCAAUGGAAGCAUUGACCACUGUGGAGAAGACAUGUGAGGAAAAGCUACUUGCUGCUACAAAAGCAAAGGAAGAGCUGGCCCAACAGCUGGAUGCACUCCAGACGCGAACCAAGCAGACGCUGCUCUCUGCUCUCCCUGGAGUCACUGUGUCCUCACAGCAGGAUUAUGACACGUGGCUACAGGAGUUUAAGGAGAAGGCCGUGGGUGUGCUAAAGCAGCAAAUGGUUACAACAGAGCCCAGGGAUUCGGCACUUAAAUUAAAAGAGGCAGAGGAAGCACAAAGCACUUUACAAGCAGAAUGUGAUCAGUAUAGAACUAUCCUUGCAGAGACAGAGGGGAUGCUGCGAGACCUGCAGAAGAGCGUGGAGCAGGAGGAGCAGGUGUGGAAAGCAAAGCUUACGGCCUCUGAAGAGGAGCUCCAAAAGUCACACCUCCAGCUGAAAUCCCUUGAAGGCAUGGUGGAGAAGUUGAAAGCAGAUCUUCAGAGCACAGAUCAGAUAAAGGAACACACCUCUAUUCUGGAAAAGCAACUGCAAAAUCACUUGAAGACAGCUAGCUCUGAACGCCAAAACUACACAAAGGAAGUUGAAGCCUUGAGGCAGCUCUUGUCAGAGUCCCAGGAGCAGCUGGAGGUAGCAAAGACAGAAACACAGAAGCAGAGCAAGGAGCUGGCCCUGGUCAGGCAGCAGUUGAGUGAGCUGAAGAGCCAUGUGCAGGAUGGAGAAGUGGCAGGGUUACAAGCUGACCCAAGCGAGCCUGCACCCCUCAAGUUGAAAACCCAGCUGGAGCAAAACGAAAUGCUGGUGGAGAAGGAGCAAGUGCUGCGGCAAAAGCUGGCACAGGAGCUGGAGGAGGCCCAGAGGUCAGCAUGCAGUUUGCAAGCAGAGCUGGAAAAGCUGAGACUGGUUGAAAAUGCAGCAGCUUCAGACACAGAGGAGGCCCAGCAUCUCAAGGAAAGACUUGAAAAAGAAAAAAAAUUAACAAAGGACCUGGGCCAGGCAGCAACCAAACUACAGGAGCUACUGAAGGUUACCCAGGACCAACUGGCCAAAGAGAGAGAAACAGUGAAGAAGUUGAAAGAACAGCUUCAGGAAACGGGGAAAGAAGACAGUUCAAAGGAAGGGACUUCAGUUUGACAAGUCUGCGGCCUAGACCUUACCAUUCAACUUACCAAAAUGCCUUACACAUUCCUAAAAAUAAAAAUAUAUGCUAAAUUUACUGUAGAUAAAAGAUACAAGCCAUUAGUGACCCAAAACCUAGUUUUGAAACUUUAAAAAAAAUACACACCCUUCCCCCCAAAACCCAACCAGUAAACACUGCAGUUUGUAAGAAAGUCUUCAUACUGUUUUGUACAACUCUUGGUUUCCUGGGGAGCUGCUCUGGCCACACUGGGGCUUCACCCUCCUGUUGCGGCAGAACCCACGAAUGU